AUGCCAAUAAAGGCUUUAAUGUUUAGAAUUAUUCUUAUUCCAGCCUUAGUGCUGGCUUAAUCUAAUGUGGAAUUCAGUGAGAUUGAAACCAAUCCUAUACCUUCUAUUGUUAAUUUUGAUGGAAAUCAAAGAAAUGUUGAUUAAACAUUAUCAGAGUAGGGAUAUUAUGAUUUCGAUGGCAAUUUCAUCUCUUCCAAUACAGGAGUAACCUAAAACAAUGAAAACAAUAAAUCUAAUGAAGAUCCAAAUAAUUUUAUUUUAGACCAUUAGAGUAUUACCAUUCCUACUUAAGAAAUAACAUCAUUGUCAAACAAUGAAAAUUAACUCUAAGUAUAUAAUCUUGUAAUAAAGAGGGUGUGAAUGAUAUACCUUAAAUAGAUAUGAUAGAUACUUAAAGUACUUAAACUCUUACUUAGUAAGAUAUUAACAAAAACUGUAAUAUAGUUUUAUUUAAUAAUAGCUGAAACUGAAUAGAAUGUUUUAAAUUCUGAUUGUAUUGUAAUCUAUUCAUAAUGUCAUUUUAAAGGAGAAUAACUUCAAUUAUGUGAAUCUCAAAGAAAUAUCGAGUAUUGAUUUUAAUAAAUAUAGUAAUUUUGACCAUGACAUUAAAUCCAUUCAAAUUCCUAAAGGAUAUGCAGUUAGACUUUAUAAUAAAGAGGAUUUUUCUGGUGAUAAAAUCAUAUUGAAAGAUAGUUAAGAAUGUAUAAAUUAACCAUUAUCACUUACAUAAUUGUAUGAGAAAUAAUCUCAUAAAUUUUUGGUCCUGGCAUAAAACUUUAAUCUAAGAGCAAUCUGA